UAGUAGUUGGCAGUUGAUGCUUUUAACCAAGCAGUCUUCCCUCCAAUUUAUCAUUUCAAAAUUAGGGAUAGCUACUUGUAUACUUUGAUAGGGUACCGAUUUGUAUAAAGCCCACUGCAUGUGACAUAUUUUAAUAUGUAACAGAAGAUGUUUUUGGAAUAUGUUUCAUAGAGACGGUUUCCAAUUGUAAUUUUCUUUCUUUGUCGGUUUUGUUUCAGGAAUGGUCUCAUUUAUACCAUGCCAUCAGAUCAGAAUCUCCAUCCUCUUCGUACUUCCCUUAACACUGGUGCCCACAGCAACAAGAUGGAGGUAGUCAUGACGACCGGUGGAGUUGCCCGAGUACCAUCUCCGGAUAGCGCCUGCGAACAAGAUUGGACACCAACAGGAAUUGUACAAGGUUCUAAAAAUAGAACCACCAGCGUUCCCACCACCUCAACUUUAUCUGGAGAGAAGCAAGUACCUGGUGUACAACGAAACGGAGAUAAACCAGAGCAUAAUGGAGCGUUCCUUUAUCUGAUGUUUAACAUUUCUGAUGUCAACUUUAAUCUGCUAUAGAAAACACUGCAAGUG